AUGGGCGACAACAUACAUGCUCCAACUGUUGCUUCUGGACCGUCGUCUGGGGGCACUCCCCGCGAUUUGUCCAAAUUGUCGAUGCCAGAUCUGAUGCAGGAGAAAGAACGCAUCGAAGCGGAACUAUCAGCUCUUAGUAGCGUCCUCCAGUCGCAUGGAGUACGCAUGACUUCAUCUCUCACCACCUUCGACGGUUACCCCCGCGAUGAUAUUGACAUCGCGCAAGUUCGCACAACGCGCGUGCGCAUUAUCCACCUACGAAACGAUCACAAGGAGGUGAUGCGACUCCUCGAGAAAGGCAUCCACGCACAUUUCGCCAAUCUACAAAAUACGCAAGGCGCUGGACCAACUACGAAUGGCACCAACGUUGCGCCGAUUGCGCAAUCGUUGACGAAUAACACCGCAUUGGGGGCACCGUUUGCCAAGGUCAAUAGCGUGGUUUCGGGAAGUCCAGCAGACCAAGCAGGACUUAAAUCUGGCGACGCAAUUCGAAGUUUUGGGAACAUCAAUUGGUUGAACCAUGAGCGCCUUACGAAGGUGGCCCAAACAGUUCAAGAAAAUGAAGGACGGGCAGUAUCGGUCAAAGUCUGUCGGAAGAAUGAAACAGGUGCUAACACAAUGGAGCUGGACCUCCAGCUCACCCCUCGACAGAAUUGGGGCGGCCGUGGCCUUCUAGGAUGUCAUUUGGUUCCCUUAUGA